AUGUCACCAACUGUUUCGCCAGCGGCGCCACAGAGGCAUGCUCGAAUUCUGGCAUGUGUCCUCUGCCAACAUCGGAAAAUCAAAUGCGAUCGCAACUCGCCUUGCUCCAACUGCAUCAAGGCAAACGUCACAUGUGUUCCGAGCACACCGGCGCCUGCUCGUAAACGCCGUCGCCCCAACCAGGACCUUCAAGAGCGUCUGGCGCGAUGCGAAGAACUGCUGAAACAAUACGCCAAUGGCUCUGCUCCAGGUCAGCAGCCGCUGCCGCCGCCGCCGCAACAGACCGAGACACCAGCAACGGACCACCUUGCGAGGUCGGAUAAAUCGGAACCGACGCCCUUGGGCUCGGACAACUCAAGUAAUUGGAAGCCGGCAUGUCGGAUGGUCAAUGACGAUGGGAGUGUUCGGUUUAUGGACAGCUAUAUCUGGGCCACAGUAUAUGAAGAGCUGCAAGCCAUGCGAGACAUUGUUGACACGGAGGAUCCCGAGGACUCAAGUAUACUUGGCUCAGAAGAGCUCACCCCGGAGAACAAUACCGACUUGUUUUUUCCUGGGGACCUCUCCACUGCCAACAUCGAGGAUCUCGUUCCAGAUCCAAUCCAUGCCUUCAAGCUAUGGCAACUCUUCUUGGAGCGUGUAAAUCCCCUGUUCAAGGUGGUCCACGUCCCUACCGUCCAACCAAUGGUCAUGGAGGGUGCCACCAACAUUGCCAGCCUGCAACAUUACCAGCAAGCACUUGUCUUGUCUAUUUACACGAGCGCAGCUGUCUCCUUGAGUGAAGCCGAGUCCAUCCAGCUACUCGGCAUGUCCCGGGAGUCAGCUAUUCAAAAGUUCCUGGCCGGAACAAAAGUAGCUUUGAUACGAUUCAACUUUUUGAAAAACUACAACAUGACCGCUCUACAGGCUCUGGUUCAUUUCAUGCACUGCUUACAAGGACGGUAUGAUCGUCAUGCUGCAUGGGUGCUUACUGGUACUGUUGUCCGCAUCGCGCAAAAGAUGGGAUAUCACCGCGAUGGCGAGAUUCUUGGCCUGGAGCCUUACGAGACAGAAAUGCGCCGCCGCCUUUGGUGGCAGAUUAUCGUCCAAGACUCCAAGUAUGCCAUGUUAUCUGGCCUCAGCCAGUCCCUGCAGCCCCUACACUGGGAUACCAAGACACCACAAAACGUCAACGACGCAGAUCUCUUCCCAGGGUCAACUGAGAAAAUACAACCUCGAGAUGGCCCCACUGAAAUGGCGUUUGUCAUGGUUAUGAAUGAAAUAUAUAGGUUCAAGCUGCAUACGGACAAGAACAACAACGGCCAGGCCUUUGAGGCUGCCAUCCUGGGACAAGAUCUGAGCCCAGACAAGGACGCUUCAAAUGCCAUGCAUCAAAACAUUUUUGCCAAAUUCCGUCAACAGUGUCGAGAGCUUGACGAAAACCUUCUGGCCAUGGAACAAAAAUACAUCGAUGGCAAUGCUGGCAACGUGCACAAGGCUGCGAAAGGCGUCCGGCAGAUGCUUUUGGGAAGGAUUCAAGACAUGAUGGUGCCAAUUCACGAGCAACCCGAGUAUGGCACCGAGAUUUUUGGUCCCAAAGACAAUCUGUUCAAGAUUUUUGUCCUAGGGACCGAACAGAGACUGGAUCAGUAUCAACCCAUGACCGAGUGUGGGUUUCUCUGGUUUGUCAAGUCGUAUUUUCAGCUCGACGUGUUUGCCGUCAUGACUGGGCAAUUGUGCCAACGGCCUACCGGCAGCUUGGCGGAUCGCGGCUGGGUGGGCGUCGAGCGGCUCUACGGUUAUCACACGGAACUAUUUGACAUGUCGCAGAAGCAAUAUUCCGUCCAGGCCCAAAUCACACUGAAGGGGUGGAAACUGCGCGAGCAGGCCUUUUUGCAAGCUGGUCGUCAUUUAGAAACACCGCAGUUCAUCCAGCGUCUGCGGGAUCUUCUACCUUCAUACGACUCCCGGUCUUCAAUACAGUCAUCAGGAGCAACCCCUCCUAUAUUCGGCCAAAACGACGCUCAACGGCAGUCCGCCGCACUAUUUCAGAGCGCGCAAACUUCAAAGAUGCCGCAACAAAAUCUCGUGCAGCAGCAGCAACAGGGUGCAAAUGUAGAUCCCUUCUUGGGGGGCCUUCUCGACAUGUCCAGCGUCAACUGGGACAUGUUUGGAGACAUGAUGAAUCCCCAGGAACAGCUUUCGGUGGGUAUGUUUGGGUACGGCGGGUUUCCUGCGGCAACCGACGGCAGCUUGAUAGGCGACAAUUCUAACAAUAUGAACGGGGGGCAAUUUCGAUAG